AUGGACUUGAACCAGAUCCUUCUCGUGUUCGUUUCCUACUCACUGGGGGGAGAAAACACGUCUCCCGUCGUUUUCACUAUCGCCGGAAACGUUUACAGAUGGUUCCGGUACACCGGAAACUACUGUACUCUGUUACAAAGGAGCCUUGGCUCAAAUCUCUCUAGAGAUGGCUUGAGGGUUAUAACGGAGAAGACGACGUUGACUCGCCACGUGUUCCUGAGCUCCAGCUGCUCAUCUGUGGACUUCUCAGAUGGGCUUAAGUGA